CGUAAGAGGAAGUUGUUUGUUGCAUAUUUCACAGGAGUGCAGACACACACCUGCUGCGUCUGAAUACACGAGCUAUAUAGCCUAGAUAAAGGUGCGUUUACAAAGGCGUGCCCGCAGAGUUCGCUAACUUUAUUCGAUUCGACCGUCGGUCAUAACCGAAAAGAGCUAAGACAGGUAGAAGGGGAAUUGAAGAAUGGCUCAGGUGUGUUUCACUGCUUCUGUCUUCGGGUUACUUUGUUGUCUGUCGGUUCUAAACGCGUGUAAGUGGGACCCGGACUCGGAGCUCGAGCAGGGUCUGGAUGUCAGCUCGUUUGAUAACGGCGCGGCUUACCUGGCUCACCUGCCGGAGAUCACGGACGCAGAGCAGUGUCAGAGUGCUUGCUGUGAGAGAGACGACUGCCAGCUCGCUGUGAUCGGGACCCCGGCGGACGACGGCAGUCCCGAGUGCUUCCUGGUCAGCUGUAUGAAAGACGGCAAAGACGUGUGUGUUUUGACCCAGAGCACGCAGUUCAAGGUGUAUCGCAAGAUCCUGGAUAGCACUGACCAAAAGCCCCAAAACGAGGCCGAAGUUCGCUCUGUAAACGGCACAGAUCACUGCCGUCUCCCAAGUCUGGUGGGAAAUUGCCGUGCUGCCUUCCCACGAUUUUAUUAUGAUGUCACCAACCAGACCUGUAAGCAGUUCAUCUAUGGUGGCUGUGGAGGCAAUGAUAACAACUUUAACUCCCAGGAGGAAUGUGAGGCUUCCUGUAAUGGGGUGACAGUUGCUGUGCCCGAGGACUCUCAUUCCGUUGGUCAACGCAGCAGAAUGUCUGUACCUGAAAACAACAUCGAUGUUGAAGCUCUUCCUGAAAUGACAUCAGAUGAAUUCCAAGUGAAGUGUCAGGCUCCCGCACUGACGGGAUACUGCAGAGCCUCCAUUAGAAGCUAUUACUACAACAAUGGCAUUUGUCAAUCAUUCACCUAUGGAGGCUGUGGUGGAAACCAGAACAAUUAUGAAACUGAAGAAUCAUGCAUGACAACCUGCACAGUGAAGGUCAUUCCCAGCAACCACAAGGACCCUGUCGUCCCCAAUUCUCUUAAGGGAUUUGAAGAAAGCUGUGCUGCGCCAUCCGACUCUGGCCCGUGCCGUGCAGCCUUCCAGAUGUUUUACUUUGAGUCCAGCACUCAGUCUUGUAAGCGCUUCCUCUAUGGGGGCUGCAAGGGAAACCUAAACCGCUACAGCACUGAGGAAGAGUGCAUGGCAGCUUGCUCCGGGAAAGAUGGCCAUUUUGAUGGACAUGAAGGCGACACACGUAACCGCUGGACUCCAGCCUUCUUCCUAGUGGCCACCCUGGCCAUCAUGUCUGCCCUACUUCUGGUAGGUUUGAUCCUGAUCACAGUGCGCAGAAACUCCAACAGGAGACUUUUCAUGUUGGAUGACAAGGAGGAGUUACUGCCUGAAGAGGAGCAGGUGUCCUAUGAGAAGCUGCCCAAAGAAGACUCACGCUAAAGCCAGAGGCCUUUUUGUGUCUGGAACGAAGAUCCAUCUCAUGACACUCCAACAUUCAGCUCAAUUAAAACUACUAAGUUACAUUAAUGUUCAUUGUUUAAAUGAGAUAUUCUACAUCAUUUUUUAAACUGUAAAAGUGGGAUAUGUUGCACUAAGAUUUGGUGAGAUGGUUGAAAUACUUCUAUUACCUUUGUCAUCUGUCACUUUUUAUGGUUAUAAUCCUACAUUGUAGAAGCAAAUCAGCUUUCAGGGAUGUAUUUAUUGUCUCAAGCAUAUAAGUAAUGAAGUGGUAGCCCUUUUUUUUUUUUUUUACUUCACUUGUAUGUAUAUGCAUGUAUACAUUUAUAAAUGAGAAUAAUUGAUUAAUUGAGUUGAUUUUUAAAGGCUUAUAACUCUCAUGGCACAUUUUAGUGAGAAUGAUUCUAUGUAAGUCAUUAAAUCAUUGCUACAGUC